AUGCGUGUCGUCGACCACUUGGCGCCGGCGGGCGGAAAUGGGUACGCGGUGCACGUGGCGGGAGCCGUUCGCGGCCUUACUCCGCGCGCGCUGUUGAUUGCUGUUGACUGCUUCAAUCUUCUUCGACCCAGUAUCAUCAUGGUCAAAAUUACCGAGGAAAUGUGGGCCGCCAAAAGGGCCAAAGCGCGUUUCAUAACCCAGAUGAUGGAAACGCGGAUGGGCGAAAGUGACUAUGAAGACAUUGACUGGUCGAAAAUCCCUCUCCACGACGGCUCUCGAAUUCGUGUCGAUACUCAUGCACUCGGGGACAUUCGAUCUCAAACUCCUUCGCCGACUCCAGAAGUUAUAUGGGCCUUGAUUUCCGAUUUCGAAGAAGCUUCAGACCGUGAAAAUGGGCCGGAGCGUGAAGUAUUGAAGAGAAUCGUUGUUUUAAAUCGUGCUACGAUAAGAAAAGAAGAAGGAAACGUGUUUUACAAAACAGGAGACUACAUAACGGCGCUCUCGAAGUACCUGGAGGCAAUGAACCUCAUCUUGGGACGAAUAGCGACUGUUUCGCCUCUUGUAAUUCCAUCGCCGCACUUUUUCAGUCAGCCGUAUUUAGAUCUAAGUCAAGGUGGGGAAAGCUCUUUUGGAGCCUGGGUGGAAUACACGGAUCUGGUGGCUUUGGCAGGAAACAUCUCGCAGUGCUACAUCAAAAUGCAAAACGAUGUUAUGACUAUCGAUUGGAUACAGGAAGCCCUACAGAUCCUUAUGUGCCAACGACAGAUGUCUUUAAAGAACAAGCCCUCCUGGAAAGACUCGCACAUUCCAGUUGUUGAAUAUUGGCUUUUCCGGAUAAAGACUCAUCUUCGCGCUUACAACGAGUUUCUUGCUCUUGGAAACACUGCUCUAGCCGUGCAUUUCGCUCAAGUGGCCUGGACCGACUACCACCUACCUGGAUCUCAAAAUUACCCCAAGCUCGUGCCGUUGAAGAAGGAACUGAAUUUCUACAAAAUGUUUUCUUUGCGUCAUCCGGACCCGAACCUUAUUGACAAGACCCAGUUGACGUGUUCAGAAGUUCAAGUUCAAGGUACCUGGGAGAAACUACCCUCUCCAACUCAAGGACCACGACCUACUGGAAGAUGCGCACACUCGUGCUGGGUUUGGCAGUGUAGAUUAUAUGUUUGCAUGGGCGUUGGUGAAACCCAAUUCGAAGUGGAUGAUGAGUUUUGGUACUUUGAUUGUAAAACCAAUAUUUGGAAACACCUUCCCAAUCCUCCCGAAAAACAACCUGUAGGAGGCUUGUCUUCAGUCAGACCUAUGCAAGUAUGGCAGGACAAGGUGUAUCUUUUUCUCGGUACCCGAUCACUACACGUCUUCGACCUCGUGACUGAGCUUUGGUCCACCUUGAAAACAACGAUUCGACGCGGAACGACGUGGCCCUAUGACUUAAGUAGCUCGCUAACAUCUUUCAAUACGGCCGUCCUCGAUGACAAGCUCUACGUAUUUGGGGGAGAAGAUGGCAAAGACCCACUAGGCCAAAAUAUCUUCAUGGCUCUUGACCUGUCAGCAAAUAAAUGGGAACAUCUCAGUGGAACCUCAGAACACGUCCCUCAAUCAUUCCAACCCAACCUCCGUUCCCUACAGUGCAUGUGGGCUGCUCCAAAGCAACGCAAAAUCUAUAUCUUGUACGGUAGUGCUAACCGGACCCAGGCUCGCUAUAAGCACGCAGCCGGAGCAGCUGAAUGCGAUUACACCUAUGACGACUUUUGGAGCUGGCACGUUGACGAUAAAAAAUGGGAGCGCGAACGUCUCCGAGGGAGCUAUCCUUCGCCUCGAACGGAGGCUGCUUCUGUUUUCUCCCAUGCGACAGGGAGAGCAGUUGUGUAUGGCGGUUAUCAUGGAAAUAUGACCACACUGGAAACUAAAAUGACGAUUCAGGACACGAUGUACGAGUUUGCUUUUUAUGGUGAUACCUUCAUAUACGAUCCAGAAGCAAAUAUAUGGCAACAUGUUCUGGUGAGAGGGUUCCCGUCGUAUCGAGCGAUGUCAACGAUUGUAUCCGAUCCUGAUACUGGCAAGAUAUAUCUCUUUGGAGGCUAUACCAACCCAGAUUUCGUCCCUGCGAAGAACUUUUCGUCACGAGCCUACAACGAUAUUUGGACUUUGAAGCUCAAUCUGCCAGGAGGUCACUGGAAUCCCGACGACUUGACACGCGAUGUCCGUGCUGAGAAAAUGGGUCCCUGGAUGCGUUGCUUUACCUGCGGAAAUUGUGGUAUCAACUGGCAAAAAGAGGAGGAUGGAAAGAACACAAGGAAAAACAUGGCUGCCGGAAGCUAUAGAAACGAUCUAUGCUAA